AUGGCCCCGCUCGUGUCGACGCUAUUCGACACGGAUAUGGAGAAGACUACUCCAGUCACCACGACGCUUUCGAGGAAGUCGAGCAAGCGCAGCAAAGCCGUUUCGAGGAAGACCGUCGACUUUUCGGCUGAACCUGUACCACCCGUCUCACCCCCGCGGCUUGCAGACCCUGUCAAGAAGGAGACGACUGCCAUUGUCCGCGCUACCAAGCUCGAAGUCAUCGAGCUUGACGAAGCGUUCAUCGAUUUCUGGAGCGACUCGCUGCUCGAUCCUAUCACAGCGACAUGGCCGACCUUUAUCAUCUGCAAGUUUAAAUCCACAGUUGUUCCUCAACUUCUGUACGGCCCCGUUCAAGAGGGCGGCAAGCAGAAGACGCUCAAAUGGCUUGUUCUCGAGCAGGCGUUCACUGUGCGGCCCGCGCCACCACCAUCGCUGUCAGCUGUCCCUCGUCCGGAAUCGGCGCGCCCGGUCUCCCCUGCGCUCUCGACGUCGGGCAGGAACCGCUUCAGCUUCUGGAGUAUGUCGCGCACUGCAUCGAGCUCGUCGCAGUCGUCGCAGAAGGGCAAGAAGAAGGAAAGAGCGCUGAAUGUUGGCGAGAUGGGAGAGAUUAUCGAGGAGCCCGCCGAGCAGGCUAAGCAGGAGGUUGUGCAGCUGAAGGCGGCGCCGUCCAAGUCCAAGUCAUCCAAGGCGGAGAAGGCGCAGAUGCCUAUCGAGAAACCUGUCGAGGCCGUGAAGCAGCUUGCUGAUACAUCCGACACGCCAGACCUCGAGACGGCUGCUAUUGUGACUGGAGCCGCAAUUACAGACGCAAUCGCUGGAGCUGCUGCUGCUGCCCCUGCCGCUAAGAUUCCAGAGCCAGCUGUCGAAAUUCAGGCAGAGGCACCAGCGCCAGCUGUUGAGGAGCCUGCCACCGUCAGCGAGACUCCUGCUGCUGUUGUUGCAGAAUCCGUAGCACCAGCUGCAGAAGUCUCUCCUCCUGUCACUGAGGCUCUUGUUAUCUCUGAACCCGAAGCCCCUGUUCUUGAUGCACCCGUUGAAGCUGAACGUGAAGCUGCAGUUGAAGAGAUCCAAGUCCAAGCACCCGUCUCCGAACCGCAGCCUUCAACGGAUGCGCCCUCAGUUGUCGAGGCCCAGGAAACCGCUGAUGCAUCGACUGACGAUGACGCAGCUCCUGUUGAAGCUUCAGUCUCGGAAUCUCAAGUCGCAGUACCUGAAGCUCCGUCGGCGUCGUUUGUUGCUGAAGUGGACGAAUCUGCACCGGAACCCAAAGCUCCAACAGCUGAAGCUAUUGCUCCUGCUCGUGGAAACAGAAGCAAAGAUCCAGUGCUCAAACAAGUCUCUGAAGAGCGUGCAAGUGCAAUCGUCGCGGAAGCUCAAGAGCCAGUCGUUGAGUCUGUGCCGCCGCUUGCUACUGCGGCCAAAGAACCUCUCGUCGCAGCUCCUGCCGAGGUUGCAGAGGUUUUGGUUGAGUCAAAUCGCCCGCCGCUGUUGACGACAUACCGUCUACAACAACGAAAACCGCCGCCGUCGCCGACGAAGUCUCAACUUCGAAUGUCGAAAAAUCUGCGCCUGUUCUGGCAGCAGAUCUUACCGAGGCACCAACUUCGAUUACCGAAACUCCCUCAGUUGAUGUUGACGCCGCGCAGGAGAGCAUUGAGGAAGAACCACGGGUUAUGGACAACCCCAGUCGCCGAAGUUUCGGGUGCUUCUCAACCUGAAAACCUGUCCCAGGUUCUAGUUUCUGAUGUUCCAGUUGCAGUUGAAUUACAACCCUUCAAAGCGGAUUACCAGGCUCCUAUCGUCGAGGCUCCAGCCGCGGAACCUCAGCCCCAGGAGAAUUUGUCCGCGCUGCCGUAG